AUGGCCAUGAGACUGAACAGAUUCAGAAUCAAUCUAGUUGUUGGUAUUCUGCUUGCCUCACUCGUCUUGUUCUACACAAGAGAACGAAUCUUGAAUGCCUUCAACAUCGAAAAAUUUAGGACCCAAGAACCUACCACCGCUGUACCAAAACCUGGAAUCGUUUCAACCACAAGCAUCGCGAACGACAGUACCUUGGAUAACCUCCUCCGAACUCAAGCACAAUGCGUGGGAGACUUCCCGGACCUUUAUGAAUCGAUCGAUCGUUCCGUGGCCCAUUACCAGAAGCAUCCUCUGAAGCGCGCUGAUCUCGAAAAGGCAUUUCAGGGCCAUGAAAGCGCUUAUACCUGGGUAAUCCUCCACAACAACCAACUUUACGUCCGCUCGCGUCAUCGCGGAUUCCAAUCCCGCGUGCAAGCGGUACUCGCGGAUCUGCACCGAGCUGUCUUGACCUCCCCAGAACGUCUCCCCAAUAUCGAAUUCCUCUUCGAUACAGCCGAUUCUGCGCCUUCAGAAACAUAUACCCCUGUUUUCGGUCUGUCGCGUGGGCUUGAUGAACGGGCAUUCCUGAUUUCAGAUUUUGGGUAUUGGGCGUGGCCGGAACCGUAUGUCAAUGGAUUUACCGAGUUUGAGAACCAGGUGGAGAGGGUAGAGGAAGAGGUGCCGUGGAAUGACAAGAAGGACCAACUGUUCUGGCGCGGAAAUGUGGAUAUGAAUCCGGAAAGGCAACAUCUAGUCAGUAUCUCUGACCAACACAACCAGACCUGGGGAAACGUGCGGCAUAUCGACUGGGCCAAUUUGAAGGAGGACGAUCGAUAUGACAUAGCUGAUCAUUGUCGGUUCAAAUUCGUGGCUCAUAUCGAAGGGGCGAGAUAUUCUGCCAGAUUGAAAUACCUACAACAUUGCAACAGCGUUAUUGUUACCCAUAAGCCAAGGUGGACGACACCUCUAACGCACCUCCUGAAGCCAGAGGGCGUAGAACAGAACGUUGUGGUUGUGGGGUCGGAUUUCGCAAAAGUCGAAAAAGUCAUGGAAGACCUACUUUUGAACAAGGAGAAGGCGGCGAAGAUUGCUCGCAACAACCAGGAGAUCUUCGGAAAGAAAUAUGGGAGGUUAGGCGCUGAAACAUGCUAUUGGCGCGAGUUGAUCCGAGGAUACCAUUCUAUCAUGACACCAGAAUUCCAGAGUAGUGUUAAUAGUAACGACGCGAAAGAUUAUGAGAGUGUAAUGUUGAUGGGAAGCACAGAAUGGGAUCUAGCAUAA